AUGAAACUGAAAAAAAGGUGUGGACUUUUUCUUUGUUUACUGAGAAUUCUUUCUCGUGUCUUUCUUAGUGCCUGCUCCACCCCUCGCCAGUGUUCGGCUUCGCACUGUUUCUUUGUUUCUUUCUUUCUGUUUCUUUCUUUCUUUGUUAACUAUUACCAUUUUCAUUUUCUUGGAUUCUUUUCUUUUCUUUUUUUUUACUUAUAUUUUUCUGUCUUACUUUUAUUGUCUUUUUCUUCCUUUGUAUUCCUUCUUUCUUUCUUUUUUUUCUUCUUUUUACUAUUCUUUCUUAGUCGUACGUACUUGUAUUUCUUUCUUGGUUUUUUGCUUGCUUGCUUUCUUUUUAUAUUUAAAGCCCGUAAAACUAUUCUUUUACACCAACCCUUGUCAAAGCGCAGAUGUUUUUUUUCUUCCUUCCUUCCUUCCUUCCUUCCUUCCUUCCUUUCUUUCUUUCUUUUUCAUUCUUUCCUUCUUUCUUUCUUUCUUUCUUUCUUUGUAUUUCUUCUUACUUUCGUUAUUUCAUUACUUUACUUUUGCUUUCUUUCUUUCUUUCUUUCUUGCUUGCUUGCUUUCUUUCUUUCUUUCUUUCUUUCAUGCCUGCUUUCUUUCUUGCUUGCUUGCUUGCUUUCUUGCUUGCUUGCUUUCUUUCUUUCUUUCUUUCUUUCUAGUUUGCUUUCUUUCUUUCUUUCUUUCUUGCUUGCUUGCUUUCUUUCUUUCUUGCUUGCUUGCUUGCUUUCUUUCUUUCUUCCUUGCUUGCUUGCUUUCUUUCUUUCUUGCUUGAUUGCUUUCUUUCUUUCUUUCUUUCUUUCUUUCUUUCUUUCUUUCAUGCCUGCUUUCUUUCUUGCUUGCUUGCUUGCUUGCUUUCUUCCUUGCUUGCUUUCUUUCUUUCUUUCUUUCUUUCUAGUUUGCUUUCUUUCUUUCUUUCUUUCUUUCUUUCUUUCUUUCUUGCUUGCUUUCUUUCUUUCUUUCUUUCUUUCUUUCUUUCUUUCUAGUUUGCUUUCUUUCUUUCUUUCUUUCUUUCUUGCUUGCUUGCUUUCUUUCUUUCUUGCUUGCUUGCUUUCUUUCUUCCUUGCUUGCUUUCUUUCUUUCUUUCUUUCUAGUUUGCUUUUUUCUUUCUUUCUUUUCUUUCUUUCUUUCUUUCUUUCUUUCUUUCUUGCUUGCUUGGUUUCUUGCUUGCUUGCUUGCUUUCUUUCUUGCUUGCUUGCUUGCUUUCUUUCUUCCUUGCUUGCUUUCUUUCUUCCUUGCUUGCUUGCUUUCUUCCUUGCUUUCUUUCUUUCUUUCUUUCUUGCUUGCUUGCUUUCUUUCUUCCUUGCUUGCUUGCUUGCUUUCUUCCUUGCUUGCUUUCUUUCUUUCUUUCUUUCUUUCUUGCUUGCUUGCUUGCCUGCUUUCUUUCUUUCUUGCUUGCUUGCUUGCUUUCUUUUUAUAUUUAAAGCCCGCAAAACCUAA